AUGAGAGGAAUUCAAGUCAAGGAAUAUCUUCAGGGUCCUCAAGACCUCAAAGUCACCGACCUUCCCGACCCGACUCCCAAACCCAACCAAUAUCUGAUCGCCGUUCAUGCUGCUGCCACAAACUUCUUCGACUUACUCCAGAUUCGUGGCAAGUACCAACAUCAACCGCCUUUACCAUGGGUGUCUGGUGCCGAGUUCUCUGGUGUUGUUCUCAAGGCCCCGCAGUCAUUGCCAGGAGGAAGAAAGCCUACCUUCAAAGAAGGUGACAAGGUCUUUGGUGCAUCCCAAGGUGCUUAUGCUACCAAGGUCUGCGCCACCGAGGAACAAUUGAGACCAAUGCCCAAGGGCUGGAGCUAUUUUGAGAGUGCUGGCUUGAUGGUUACUGCUCCCACCAGCUAUGCUGGUCUGGUAACAAGAGCUGGUAUCAAGAAGGGCGACUGGGUCUUGGUUCAUGCUGCUGCCGGAGGUGUCGGUCUCGCCGCAGUCCAGAUUGCGAAAGCUUUCGGCGCAACAGUAGUUGCCACGGCUGGCACACAGCACAAACUUGAUGUUGCAAAGUCGUUCGGUGCAGAUCAUCUGGUGGAUUACAGACAGAAGGACUGGCCGGACAAGGUUAAGAAGCUGACUCCCAAGGGUCGUGGUGUCGACAUUGUUUAUGAUCCUGUAGGACUUAUCGCUCAAAGCAUGAAAUGCACAGCUUGGAAUGGGCGACUGUUGGUCAUUGGCUUCGCGGCGGGUGAUAUCGAAAAGAUGGCCACCAACAGAAUCCUUCUCAAGAACGUCAGCGUUAUGGGUCUGCAUUGGGGUGCUUAUGCUACCAACGAGCCAGAGAUGAUCGAGGUAGUGUGGAAGGGCUUGUUCGAUCUCAUGGACAGUGGCAAGUUCCGCGGAACAUGCUAUACAGACAAGGAGUUUGUCGGACUCGAGAAGAUUCCCGAGGCGCUGAAAGCACUUGGAGCGCGCGAUACUUGGGGAAAGGUGGUGGUCAAGGUGCCGCAAGAAGGACAGAGCAAGCUAUAG